AUGCAACCUCAUCACAGCCACCAGCCUUGCUGGAGCGGUCUCCCAAGCCCCAGCGUCCGUGAGGCGGCCUCCAUGUACGGCACCGCCGUGGCCAUCUUCCUGGUCAUCCUGGUGGCUGCGCUGCAGGGCUCGGAGCCUCCAGAGAGCCCCUUCCCCUACCACAUCCCCCUGGACCCUGAAGGGAUUUUAGAGCUCUCAUGGAACGUCAGCUACGUCCAGGAGACCAUCCAUUUCCAGCUCCAGGUGCGAGGGCUGAGGGCUGGGGUCCUGUUUGGAAUGUCGGAUCGAGGAGAGAUGGAGAACGCGGACCUCAUCAUGCUCUGGACUGAUGGCGACAGGGCCUACUUUGCGGAUGCCUGGAGUGACCAGGAAGGGCAGAUCCAUCGGGAUUCCCAGCAGGACUACCAGCUGCUCCAGGCAAAGAAGACUCCAAAUAGCCUAACCCUGCUCUUCAAGAGGCCCUUUGUCACCUGCGACCCCAAGGAUUAUGUCAUUGAGGAUGACACCGUCCAUCUAGUGUACGGGAUCCUGGAAGAGCCAUUCCAGUCGCUGGAGGCCAUCAACACCUCGGGCCUGCAUACAGGGCUGCAGCGGGUGCAGCUUCUGAAGCCUGAGGUCCCCACUCCAGCCAUGCCUGAGGAUGUACAAACCAUGGAUAUCCGGGCCCCUGAUGUCCUCAUCCCCGACAGUGAGACCACAUACUGGUGUUACAUCACUGAGCUACCCCUGCACUUCCCCCGACGCCACAUCAUCAUGUAUGAGGCCAUUGUCACGGAGGGCAAUGAGGCCAUGGUGCACCACAUGGAGGUCUUCCAAUGUACACCUGAGUCUGAGGACUUCCCCGAGAUCAACGGACCCUGUGAAUCCAAAAUGAAACCUGAGCGACUCAACUACUGUCGACACGUGCUGGCGGCAUGGGCCCUGGGCGCCAAGGCAUUUUACUACCCAGAAGAAGCUGGUGUCUCCUUUGGGGGCUCGGAGUCCUCCCGGUUUCUCCGAUUGGAAGUUCAUUACCACAAUCCAAGGAAGAUCCAAGGCCGGCGAGACUCCUCUGGCAUCCGCCUACACUACACAGCUGCUCUCCGACGCUAUGACGCGGGCAUCCUGGAGCUUGGACUAGUGUACACACCCUUGAUGGCCAUCCCCCCGCAGGAGACUGCCUUUGUGCUGACCGGCUACUGCACUGACAAGUGCACCCUGAAGGCACUGCCGGACUCUGGAAUCCACAUCUUUGCCUCCCAGCUUCAUACACACCUGACUGGCCGGAAGGUGGUUACUGUGCUUGUCAGGAAUGGCCGAGAGAGGGAAGUGGUGAACAGAGACAACCACUACAGUCCCCACUUCCAGGAGAUCAGAAUGCUGAAGAAGGUUGUGACAGUCCACCAGGGGGACGUCCUCAUCACUUCGUGCACGUACAACACAGAAAACAAGACGCUGGCCACGGUGGGAGGGUUCGGAAUCUCGGAGGAGAUGUGUGUCAACUAUGUGCACUACUACCCCCAGACACAGCUGGAGCUCUGCAAAAGUGCCGUGGAUGACGGCUUCCUACAGAAAUACUUCCACACAGUAAACAGGUUCGGCAGUGAGGAGGUCUGCACCUGCCCUCAGGCCUCUGUCCCCCAGCAGUUCGCCUCUGUGCCCUGGAACUCUUUCAGUCGUGCAACACUCAAGGCUCUGUAUGACUACGCUCCAAUCUCCAUGCAUUGCAACAAGACCUCUGCUGUCCGCUUCCCGGGUGAGUGGAAUCUGCAGCCUCUGCCUAAGGUCACCUCCACUCUGGAAGAACCCACCCCACGCUGCCCCAUCCGACAGCCUCAGAGCCCGGCUAACCCCACUGUGGUCAUCACAUCCCCCGGAGGAAGAUGCUGA